GUAACAUCGGCUGCUCUGGUUCAUCGAGUUCCGCGGUCGUCGUCCCCUUCCUCCUCCCUUCAUCUGGUCGCGAUCCUCGGGAUCUACGUGGAUCCGGAUCGCGUGAUGCGGCUACCACGUGAGCUGGAUCGCCGCGCGAACCGGGAGUGCAGUGCGUGACGGCGUGGCGGGUGUCGUAUGUGGAUCCGCGUGUGUCGUCGAACCAUUCGCGAGCGGGUACGAGAGCGUCCAGGUGACUGGUGAUCAAGUGACUGGGUCCACCGGGAAGGACCUGGCUAAGUGGGAAGGCCUCGACCCUCAGGAUUUUCGAGAGAUUGAUCGAGUGCAGCCGGGUGAACCGUGAGGAUUUCGCUUCGUGGUGUGACAGUGAUUCGGUGUCGAGUGAUCGGUAGGGAUCGGUGAUCCGCUCCGGGGAUAUGUACAGGUCACGGCUUCCUGUUCGGGUUCGUAACGGUGAAUCGUGUCUGUGCACGAAAACGGACAGGGAAUGUCUGCGAGAAAGCGGAAGGGAGCAAUUUGAAAAACUUUGGUCCAUCUAGAGAGCUCGUGGAGGCAAGCAAUAAAGCGCUCCCAAGCUGGACGCAGCUCCACGACAUCCGGCUGCCUUCCCUCCGAGAUCGAGUCGUAAAGAUGAAGCGAACCGGUAAACGUCGGAACGGUAGCUUUCUCUUGGGCAUCAUUAGGGCGGGCGCUUUUUACUUGUACCGUCACAUCAAGCAUGCCAUUAGAAAUGAGAUCGUCUUUUUGUAACUCGGGUAGAACGGAUGGUUCGAGGAAAUUUACCGAUGUUCGUUCGAACCUGAUGAAGCUAAGGACAAUCUACUGGAACAUUCUACGCUCUAGUGAUUAGUGCUCUCUGACAUCGGGGAUUGGGAGAACGUAUCGGAACUGAAGGAUCUCGCGUAGAAUCCGUACAUCGACGGUUUACCUUCCAAAACGCUGACUCUGGAAUGUCUACCGCGUGUUGACUAGUUCUGGAGGGCCGUCAGCAGGUUUCUCUCGAGCUAGACAAACAGCGCGAAAAGAGCAAACUCCGACGACCCGGUCAGACACGGAACCUCCGAUCCAAGCAUGAGCCAAAGCUGAACCGAUCAGUGUUCGAUCGAGGAAUCCCUUGGAUUAUCCUUAUUCAGCAGCCUCGAAAUCGUCCUGCGACGUGGAUCGUCCACUGAUGCAUCCUGAACGCUCGUCCGGUCCUCGUGGUAACGGGGUGAGCACGAUCGCGUGCGUCCCAGCCCCAGGAGGCGGCUAGAUCCCGAGGGAUGAAAGCGUUCAGCGGGAUCGAGUGAACCACGAGGUGGAGGCGCGGAGACGGGGUUUAAAGGGCGCGAACUAAGAUGACGUCGUCGAUCCUGGCGCUGCUCGGCCUCAUCCUGGCUACCGCCAGCGCCGAGCUCAGCUCGAGGAUCGUCAGGACAAAGUAUGGGGAACUGUCGGGCGUUAUCGUUACCCUCGACCGUCAUCUCGAAGGGGUCGAAGUGUUUCGCGGCGUUCCGUACGCGUCACCGCCGACCGGUUCUUUGCGUUUCAUGCCGCCCGUCAGCGGUGCUUUGUGGCACGGUGUCAAGGUGGCGGACAAGUUUGGCCCUGUUUGCCCACAAAGGCUGCCGAAGCUGACCGACAAGAUGCCGAAGGGAAGAGUCGAGUAUCUCAGGAGACUGCUACCCUAUCUGACGAACCAGAGCGAGGACUGCCUCUACCUUAACAUCUACGCACCGGUUCAAGCCGGCUCGAGGGAUAGCGGAGGAAGAAGGUAUCCAGUGAUCGUUUUCGUCCACGGAGAGAGCUACGAAUGGAGCAGCGGCAACCCCUACGAUGGCAGCGUCCUUGCCAGCUACGGGGGUGUCGUCGUCGUCACCAUAAAUUACAGACUAGGCAUUCUGGGCUUUCUAAACGCCAACACGGAUUCGCACUUACGGUCUCCGGCGAAUUACGGGCUGAUGGAUCAGAUCGCGGCGUUGCACUGGGUGCAGGAGAACAUCGGCUACUUCGGUGGUGAUCCUAGGAACGUGACGUUGAUCGGCCAUGGGACUGGUGCCGCUUGUGUCAACUUCCUGAUGACCAGUCACGCUGUGCCUGAUGGUCUACUAUUUCAUCGCAGUGUUCUAAUGUCUGGCAGUGCGCUUUCUCCAUGGGCACUGGUGAGAGGAGCCGCAAAUUACGCUCUGCAAGUUGCCAAACACCUAAAUUGCUCGUGGGCGGCGGGAAAUUCGCAAGCGUUGCUCAGGUGUCUGCGAGAGGUGCCACUGAACGCCCUGGUGUCGGUGCCGGUGAAGGGGUUGGAGUUCGCCCCUGCGUUCGGUCCCAGCAUAGACGGGGUCGUGAUAGAUCCAGGAGAUCCCGAGGAUCAGGACUUCACCCUGCAGGUCGACACGAUCAAUACGUUAAACAACAUUCUGCUACGGAAGGACGUCGUGGCCAAGCUCUCAAGGUACGAUCUGAUGAUUGGUGUGGUGCGAUCAGAGGCGUAUUUCGCUUUGACGGCAGACGAUGCACAAUAUGGGAUCGAAGCCGACAGGAGGACAAAGAUUCUGAGGGAAUUCGUGCGAAACACCUACACGUAUCAUCAGGCGGAAAUUCUGGCGACGAUAAUUAACGAGUACACGGACUGGGAACGACCCGUGCAACAUCCAGUCAACAUAAAGGACGAAACCUUGGAGGCGUUAGGGGAUGCAAACACGGUGGCGCCAGCAACGAGAACAGCGGACCUACACAGUCAAUCGCAUAAAAACUCUUACCUGUAUGUGUUCGAUUAUCAGACGAAGUUCGGGGACUACCCUCAGAAGCCAGGCUGCAUCCACGGAGAGGAUCUGCCAUAUUUUUUUGGAGCACCCUUAGUAGGAGGUUUGUCUCACUGGCCGAAAAAUUACACCCGAGCGGAAAUAGCACUGUCCGAGAGUGUGAUUCUCUACUUAACGAACUUCGCACGCACCGGGAAUCCAAACGAGGGUACACCGGAUGUCGGACCUCUCAGACCCGAGAGAACGAAGUCGAAGAACAUCGAAUGGAUCGCUUACGAGGCGGUGCACAAGAAAUACCUAAGUAUAGAGCUCAAGUCGAAACUGAAGAACCACUAUAGGGCGCACAGGCUCUCCUUUUGGCUCAACCUGGUGCCUGACCUCCACAAACCUGGAUCCGACGAUGUUCCCAGGUCACAUCAUCUUCUUGACACUGAACAGGUGCCGCCCAGGUUCAUCCAGAGGAUACCAACGACAACCCGGAUGACCACAGCGGAGGUGACGCUGACGGAGCGUCCCCAGAACGCAACAACCGCUAUACCGAGUGAGUUGGCGUUCGAAGACUCCACUGCCCAACCCGAAGACGGCUUCGCGGCUUACUCCACGGCCCUCAGCGUGACGAUAGCGAUAGGCUGCAGUCUCCUGAUCCUAAACGUGCUGAUAUUCGCCGGAGUGUACUACCAGCGCGACAAGAGUAAUCAGCACAACUGUUCGAAGAAGCGGCAGGAGAACGGGCAGAUGCCGAACAACAUCUGCGGCGACCUGGACACGAAGACCGCCGAGAGGCACCACAUACAACACAUUCCCCCACCGGAGUUCGCUGAUCUGCAGAACAACAGUUGUCACGUGCCCAUGCCACCGCCCCCGCCGAAGAACACGAAGCCCGGGAAGCCCGGGCAGAACCUGAUCAUGAGUCCCAACCAGCUUCAGCAGGAGAGCAUGGCGAUGACCGGUACGGGCACCCUGAAGAAGGGGCAUAAUCAUCAGCAGCAGGUGAUGGACGAGCUGAGGGUCUGACUCCACGAGUACCUCGCAGUUGACGCCGGGUCGUGGACCUUCGGUGAAAAACUGGUCAAGGUGCUGCGAAGUGCGUCGUUUUGAUCGUGUACGCGAGGCUGACCUUGAGCCUUUGUCGUGAACUUCUUGGCA